GCCUAGGGUUGGGGGCUAGAGUGAGCGAGGAGGGGCCGUUAACUGGGCCUGCCAAGGCUGGAAACGGGAGGGCGUCUGCCUGCGUGCCCGCCCCGGGGACGGCGGGGAGGCCGGAGCGGACAGACCCGGAGGCCGUGAAGCCCGAGCUCGGCGCGGUGACCGCCGCCGCCCGCCGGAGCUAGGGCAGAGGCCCGGGGCCUGCCGCCGAAUUGGAGCUGGUGGGAGGAGGAGGCAUCGCCAGCUUGGAGUCGAAGCGAGGCGCCGAGGCCGCUGAUAUUGUGGUGCAGCGGAAAAGGUCCUGGAUUUGGAGUCAAGAAAACUGGUUUUAAGUUCUGGCUCUACCACUUACUGCAUGAUCUUGGACAAAACACUUAAUGUCUGUGAACUCCCAUUUCUUCAUCUGUAAAUAUACCUUCCAAGUCAAAAGUUAUGAUUCUCUAACUCUUCUCUUUAUGGGAAUCUAUGCAAGAUGUUGGCUUUAUGGACUUGGAUAGUGCAAGCUUUGUUUAUUUUCCUCAUCGUUGAUUCAGUAGGAGGUGGACUUUUAAAACCAUGUGGUCACAUCGUCCCAGAAUCUCCAGUUGUAGCACCUAAUACUACUUUCACAGCGAUUUGUGUUUUAGAUGAAGAGUGUUUGAGUGAACACCAUUUAAAUGCUAAUCAAAUUUUGUGGAAAAUAAAAGACACCUAUGUUCCUAAAGAACAAUACACUAUCCUAAAUAAAACAGCUGCCAGUGUUACUUUGGAAGAUGUAUCUUCAUUAGGUAGUCCACUAACAUGCAACAUUUUACUAUAUGGACAGCUUGAACAGAAUAUUUAUGGAAUCCAAAUCAGAGUGGGCUGGGCUCCAGAGAAACCAAAAAAUUUGAGUUGCAUCGUGAAUGGUCAAAGUAACAUGAAGUGUCAGUGGGACCCUGGAAAGGAAACACAUUUGGAUACAACAUAUGUUUUAAAGUCAGAAUGGCCAACACGGCAGCUGACAGAUUGCAUUCCACCACCUAAUGUAAAUAACUCGUGCACAGUUGAUAUGGUUGUGGUUUACGUCAAUAUGGAUGUCUGGGUAGUAGCUACAAAUGUUCUUGGAAAUGUUUCAUCUGAUCGUAUCAAUUUUGAUCCCAUCGAUAUUGUGCAACUCCUUCCUCCAUAUAAUGUAACAGUCAGCAGUUCUAAGGCAAUAUCAAGUAUCUUAAAAGUGUCAUGGACCAACCCUGUUGAUAAACCUUUUGAAGGAUUGAAAUAUAAUAUUCGGUACCGUACCAAGGAUGCUUCAGAUUGGACACUGAUUCCUCCUGAAGACACAGCUUCAACCCGAGAUUCAUUUACUGUUCAGUAUCUUAAACCUUUUACAGAAUAUGUGUUUUCAAUUCGUUGUAUGAACAGAGAGGGUAGGGGAUUCUGGAGUAAUUGGAGUGCAGAAUCAAGUGGAGUCACAUAUGAAGCUAAACCAUCAAAUGCACCAAGUUUCUGGUAUUCGAUUGAUCCUUCUCAAGGUCAUGGAUAUAGACUUCUACACCUAAAAUGGAAGACUUUGCCUCGAUCUGAAGCCAAUGGAAGAAUCUUACAUUAUGAAGUAAUUCUAAGGGGAGGGAAAACAUCAAAUUUUUCAAAAUCGAUUAAUGAUACAAAAUUGAUUCUGAAUAUCACAAAUGAUCCAUAUGUCGUAAGUCUGAAAGCUCAUAAUAUAGUUGGAAGCUCUGAUCCAUCUACCUUAACUAUUCCUGGCCGUGACUUCAAAGCUGCUCAUCCUAUUACAAAUCUUAAAGCAUUUCCUAAAGAUAACGAACUUUGGGUACAAUGGACACCUCCAAAUGAACCUGUAAAUAAAUAUAUACUGGAGUGGUGUGUAUUUUCUGACAAUUUGCCGUGUACUCCUGAUUGGCAGCAAGAAGGCAGUGCCACGAAACUAACCUACUUAAGAGGAAAUUUAAUGGAGAGCAAAUGUUAUUUGAUAACAGUUAUCCCAGUGUACGAUGAUGGCCCAGGAAGCCCCCGGUCUGUAAAGGCAUACCUUAAACAAGCUCCCCCUUCUAGAGGACCUUUUGUUCGAACAAAGAAAGUGGGAAAAAAUGAAGCUGUCUUAGUAUGGGAGCACCUUCCUGUCGAUGACCAGAAUGGAUUCAUCAGAAACUAUACCAUAUUUUACAGAACUAGCAGUGGAAAUGAAACAGCUGUGCAUGUGAACUCAUCCCACACAGAAUAUACACUUUCCCCCUUGACUAGUGACACAUUGUACAUGGUGCGAAUGGCAGCAUAUACAGAUGAAGGGGGCAAGGAUGGUCCAGAAUUCACUUUUACUACUCCAAAGUUUGCUCAAGGAGAAAUUGAAGCCAUAGUUGUGCCUGUUUGCUUAGCAUUCUUGUUGACCACUCUUCUGGGAGUAUUACUCUGUUUUAACAAACUAGACCUGAUUAAAAAACAUAUUUGGCCUAAUGUUCCAGAUCCUUCAAAGAGUCAUAUUGCUCAGUGGUCACCUCACACACCAACCAGGCACAAUUUGCAUCCCAAAGAUCAGAUGUACCCAGAAGGCAAUUUCACUGACACUGAUGUCAGUGUUGUGGAAAUAGAAGCAAAUGAAAAAAAGCCUCUUCCAGAAGAUCUAAAGUCAUUAGAUCUCUUCAAAAAGGAAAAAAUAACUACUGAGGGGCACAGUAGUGGCAUUGGAGGUUCUUCAUGCAUGUCAUCUUCUAGGCCAAGCAUCUCUAGUAAUGAUGAAAGUGAAUCUGGACAAAACACCUCAAGCACCGUGCAGUAUUCUACUGUGGUCCAUAGUGGCUAUAGGCACCAGCUUCCAUCAGUUCAGGUCUUCUCAAGGUCUGAGUCCACCCAGCCAUUGCUGGACUCAGAGGAACGACCAGAAGACCUACAGAUCGUAGAGAAUGGAGGAAGUGGUGAUGGUGCAUCACCCAGGCAGCAAUAUUUCAAACAAAACUGUAAUCAAGAUGAAAUCAGUCCAGAUUUAUCACAUUUUGAAAGAUCAAAGCAAGUUUCUUCAGCGAAUGAGGAAGAUUUUGUUAGACUUAAACAGCAACAGAUGUCAGAUCAGAGAUCACAGUCCUCUGGAUCUGGACCAAUGAAAGAUUUUGAAGACGUUUCUGCAGCAGAUAAUUUUGGUUCAAGUACCGAGGGACAAAUUCAGAGAUUUGAAACAAUUGGGUUAGAGGCAGCAACUGAGGAAGGAAUGCCUAAAAGCUAUUUGCCUCAGACUGUAAGACAAGGUGGCUACGUGCCUCAGUGAGGGAGACUGUUUCCUCUUAAGACUUAAGCAGUGACUGUUUUCCUGUAAAGUAAAGCUAAGUAUACUUUUAUCUGUGACUUCAGAUAAAAACAUCACUUAUCGAAGGUGGUUAUUUGACCUCUGAGACUAAAGCAUACUCUUACUUAAAUGGGCUAUUUCUCUUCCAGAAUAACUGGGAUUCUACAUGAAGCACUACACGAACUGUUUUGCAUCCUGUCUGAAUAGUUAAAUUUGUGCUGCUUCAGGAUGUUUGCAUUUUAAAAAGAAAAAACUUGUCUAAAAUUCUUUAAGUAAAACUUUUCAUUUUUAUUUUGUUAUUGAGAAGACAGAGGGCAUUGAAGCAGUCGGCAUGGCAGUAUGGACUCAGAAAUUUACUGACCUUGUUAAGACAGUCAGUCAUUCUAAGAAUGGUAAAAGUGCAGAUAUUUGAGCUUAGGAAGAUUUUUUUUUAAUUGAAGAAUCACAUGACUGGUUUUCAUGUUUUAAUAAUAUAAAGUAAUUAACAAAUACAUUACAUGUAACAAGACUGAUUUCUACAUGCCACAGAAAUGGUCAAUCUCGUUAUUAUGUACUGCAACCAUAAAUAAAUUAGGCCGAAGUUGACUCUUUUUCAAUUAUGGUGAUGCCACUGAUUGUUACCACAGAACUCAAAUUGUGGAUCCUCCAUCUUAGCAGAUUAAAAAGCUUUGAUUUUCAUUUUCCGUAUUAUAUACUGAACAUAAUCUUCACUGAAGUAGACUGGGCAGGGGAGAGGAUUGGGAAGAGGAAAAGACUGUGCUACUGCUGUCAUGAGCCACAUUUAGGCAAAUUCGUUUUUAUUCAGUGUUCAGUGGAAAGAACAAAUGCUGCAAACUGCUUUAGGCAUUUUUAAAAGCCACUUGUAGUUUGCAGAGGUUUAAAUUUCUAACAUGUCUCUGUUGGUGUAUUUUGAAAUUAUAGAAUCUUAUUAGGCUUUAGAAAAUGUGGUUAGAGAAGCACUUUAUCUAAACUUUUAUGUUCAGUUUAAAAUUUUUGUCAUUUAAUAUAUUUUGUGUUUUUCUCUUUAUUUAAGCAGGCAGCAUUGAAAAAUUACUGUUUUUUCUUAGCACUUGACUCAUUUGAUGCUAACUGUCACUAUUCACUAAACAACAAACCCCAACAUAGUGAUUUUCCUAGAAUUGUAAUCAUUGUCAUCACCAGAAUUCUAUUUACUUAUUUACUGAAGUGAGUGUUUUUAACAAGAUACCAACUACUGUCCAGAGGUAGAAUGGGAAGUAAGCAUACCCAGCCUCAUUAAUUCUGUCUUGUGGUUAGGGACUUGUUUUAAAGCCUUUUUAUAUGCUGUCUUACCUUUCAGGGGCCUAGGAGCUACCUCUUCAUUACUGCUGGCUUAACUUUGUGCUUCACGUAUUCAUUUGUAUCACCCCCUAAAAGUCCAUUGUCUACUAGCCACAUUUUAACAAGGUAGAAGUAGGCCAGACAGAUUGGAUAAAUACUUGUUAGAGCUUGAAAAGAUAAACAGCUUGCCAUCAGCAAAAUAGACUCCUACUAUCCAAGGAAGGGGUAGGCUGUUUCUGUUUUUAUAAGAUUUGAGUUACAGAAAUCAGACAGACUUUCUGAUGUGGCUCUGCCUAAAGGUUACGAGUCUAUUAUGACUAGAAAGCUAAAGUGAACUGGUUAUUUCAAGAUGAAAUAAAAUUCUGUUUUCAACAUCUUAAUUGUUCACACUAGACUUCCCUCUUUAUUUUUGUGAGUAUGUGAUCCUUACAUUUUAAUGCUUUAUUCUUAUCAAAGAGUCCAUCUGGCCUAGUAAAUGUAGAACUGGCCUCCGAGUCAAGAAGACCUGGGUACAAAUCUCCCCUCUGAUGCAUUCUGACUGCCCCAGGAAACCCUUGAAGAAACUGUAAGUUUUAGAAGAGGUGUUGCUGGGCUGCUUUAGUAGAGGAUUUUCCUCACUGGGGAGGUCCAUACAGUGAUGAAAUCACAGACCCAAUUUUUUUUAAAGUUCCUUUUUAAAAUGUUUUCACAUUUAUAAUUUCAUUUAAUAGACAAUCCUAACUUCUCAUGUGCUGAGACAUUCAGUUUCCUACUCUUGCCAAAAGACUAGUAGAGUCACAGAAUUGUAGACCUGGAAAAGAUUUCAUUUCACAUAAAUAGAAUCAGCUUGGCCACUGGUUUUCACCUUUUUAGUGUCAUGGCCCCUUUUAGUUUUCUAGUGAAACCUGGACAACUUAUCAAAAUAAUGUUUUUGAAUGCAAAAUAAAAUACAGAGAAAACAAAUUAUAUUGAAAUACAGUUAUUAAAAUAUUUUUAAAGAACAAGUUUACAGACUCCAGGUUAGGAGCCCUAGAUCUAUGCCAGUCUCAUCAUUUUGGAAAUUAAACAGUAUUCCUUCUGGUACAGGCUAGAACAGUGGGGGUUCGCUACCCCUGGGAGAAUUCUGAGUCCAUACAACUUAAGACUCAACUAGCAAUGACUUGUCUCAGGUUAAAAAAUUCAGGGGCAUAACUGCCUUUUAAAGUGGAACUUAAAUAUAGACCCUACAAAGUUCCAAAUUUUGACAAAUAAACCAUCUAUCCAAAUUUUAUUUUCUUUUAAAGUGCUCUCUCCUUUUAUCUCUUACAGCAGAAGUGGCAUAAAACUCCUAAGUGUGGCCUGAACCAAAUUAAAAUAUAAUUGGGAAAUAUUUCACAAAAUAAAUAAAAAUAAAUGUACAGUUCACCAAGUCCUUGUAUACAGUUGAGUGUCUCCAUUUUCUAUUUGAGUAUGACACCGUUGUCUUUAUAGUCCUUAAAUAUGCUUCCCUGGCCCUUAUCCCAUUCUACCUUUUGUAUGUGUGGGAGGAUACAUAAGGUGCCUUGCCUUAGAUUCUAAGAUCCUUGAGGACAGGCAGGAACUCCUGUUACUCUAUGUGUCCCUGCAUAUGGCACAGUGCCUUUUAACAAAGUAGGUGCUGAAUUGAGUAGUAAUGUUUCUUUUUAACUGUAACAUUCCUUUUUUCAAAUCAUACUUCUUAUAUUUACUGUGAAUAGAGUUUCUGUUAGUGGUAUUGCACUUUGGUAAAACACAAACAAUUAAUUUGGAAAUGAAGUAUUUGGUGGGGGGGUGGGGUAAGGCUUGGCAUUUUUUGUUUAGUUUGAUUUCUUAACAAUCCCAGGUAAAAGAAUAGAUGCUGAUUAUUUCCUUUACUUUUGGAUUUCACUUAGUUUCUAUUCCUGCUACUUCUAUGCUAAAGUUUAACAUUUUUUGCAAAAUUUCUUUUAAACAGGUGAAACCCAUAGUUUUAUUUUAUUUAAAUCCCUAAGAUAUGUUUCUCCUAAUCAGUUAGCAGAAUAACAUAUAAUAAUAACUUCAUAAAUGGAUGUUGUAUAUUGAUCUGAUAUACAAGUGUAUUGAUCAAGUGUACUUUGUUUUCCCAUAUGGAAACAAAGAAUCUAAUUUUUUAAACUAAACAAUCUUAGGAUGAAUAAAUACUUUGUGGCAACCAUUAAGUGCCUAAAAUACGUUCAUAGAUGGAUUAGGCACUGUGCUGAAUAUAAUCAAUCCAGUUGAGAUGACUUAAAGAAAACACUAGAAAAUUUAAAGUCAGAAUGUAAAGAAAUGUAGACCUACUGUGAUAAAGAUGAUGGAGCCAUGAAAUUUCAGAGUAAGGAAAAAGUUUUCAAUAGGAUGUGUUCACAGAGUAGGUAUGUCUUGAACUGGACCUUGAAAGAAGUAUAGGAUUUCCCUUGAGGAGACCUGGCAGAGUAUGGUAUUCCUCAAAGGAAGAACAUGGAGGGAGAAACAAAUAGGCAAUUUGCCAAGGGGCUAUAAUAAAACUGGCAUAGCCGGUAUAUAUCAAUAGUCUAACAUUUAUUCCCUGAGGCUUUGUAAAUACAGACUGAAAAUAGAUUUGUGUGAAUGCCUUAGUCUUGCACUACUAUAACUAUCACCACUACUCUAAUGAAAACAGCAGACCAAAGUGGUUUUCUUACUACUUAUGUUUCCUUUUGGUGGUUAUGAUAAUGGAUACAGAACAAGAGAAUUAUCUACUUGUUUUGAUUAUUCUUUGCAAUAUCAACCCAGCUUCAUUACUCUUUGCCCAAAUUUUUGUUAUUAGGGACUGACAGAAUUUAAAUGCCAGGUUUUCCUCCACCAGUUGCUUUAAAGUUAUAUAAAGUGUAAUUUCUUGCUCUACCCCUUUCUGCUCAACCCUACUGAUUCUUACCCCUUUUUUCUUCUUCCCCCCACACCGAAAAAGUUCCACCUGUGAAGAUGAGCUCUAACUUAUGACUAGCUAGAUUAUGAUAGAUGGAAAAGGUGUGAAAACUUUUUAACUAGUUUCUCAUUCUAAGAGUUGGUUUAUUUAAGUAAAGCAUUCUUGCGUUCAAACAUAAUGCAAUUGGGAGGCAUAAUCUUAAAGUGAGUACAGAUACCUAAUAUUUUGUUUAGGCCAUCUCAUACAAAAGGGAACUUGGAUGACUAAACUUAGAUUUAUAGUAAAUUUGGGGUGCUCUUCAGUCUUCCUCAAAAAGCUCAGGGAAAAGUCUAGCUUUAAAAGUAGCACUUAACAUGUCUUCUGUCUUCUGAACUAACAAUCUGGUUCUUGUCUUUCUAAGCAGAAUAUUCAAAUUGAACUAGUAUGACUAGUUUAUGUAUCACAGCAACUAAAAGCUAUCUAUCACACGAGGCACUGAGCAUUAAGGGCUGCAUGGAAAUUUGUCAUGUCUACAUAGCAUAUGAUCUAUGUCUACAUGGUACCAAAAUGCUCAGUCAAUAGAAUACCAAAAAAGUAUUGAUAAUUAGUUAACCUAAUUUAGGUUACUCAAUUCAGGUGACCUUGUAGGCUUAGCCAUAGUAUGAAGCCUUUGGCCUAAAAUAGUAUGUCUAUCCACCCUUCUUUUCCUUUACUUCUCCCCUUUCCUUCUUUGUAGUUCUUAAAGUUUUAGGGGAGUGUGAGUCAUUUUAAGAGAGCAUCUUGUGAGCAAGACGUACAAUGAGACACACAGGCGUACACACACACAUACCUUUUACACAUAUAUAUAUAUGUAUAUGUUUAAUAUAGUAGAUAGAAGCUUGCUUUUUGUGCAGAGAUUCAUUCUCCUUACCAGGCUUUCACAUACAGAAUGGACAUCCAAAAGAUAAAAAUGCAUUUGGGCAUUAAUAUUUCACUUGCAUUUUAUCCAAAGAGGAAAAAAAGCCACCAUCUUGUUUUUAAUGUUAAAUUACUAUCCUGGGAGAUAUUUAAAGAAGAUACCUGUCUUGUACUUGCUUUGAAUAUGUAUGACAAGUUUGACAAAUCUGGCUUGUUUGCAGAAAAACAAUUAUAUUUCUAAACCACUGAUUUAUUAUUGUCUUUAAAUAUUUAGAGUCAGGAUGACUUUAUUCUAGAUUAAAAUAAUGACACUUUAUAUGGAAAACAACCUUUUCAUGGAGGAGGGUGAAUUCAGUAGUUCAAGAGGUCUAUUUGCCCAUCUGUAGAAAAAAAUUUUGUCAGCUACUAGUUCAUUAUUAGGACUGUUAAAUUUUAACUAAUAGUUACUACUAGUGUCCAAGAUCUAGCCAUAUUAGUAGGAAAAAUAUACCAUGCUAAACAUUUAGCCAUUUUAAGAAUAAAAGUUCAAAGAAAUUUUUGCUCAUGAAAAUGUAAAAAAACUUGCUUUGGUCUUUUAAAAAUAUUAAUCUGGGUUCAUCUAGGAAGAUACCCAACAUUUAUGCCAAAUAAGCUGAAUUGUGUAUAUGAUAGAGAAUUGGAAGUUAAUAUAAUGUGAAAAUAAUUAGCAAAAUCAUUAAUUGUACAUUUGUAUAUACUUGUUUUCAUAUUAUUUGCUAAGACUUUAUUAAGGAUGUUACAAGAACCAAUCUGAUAAGCUUGAUUCCUACUGAAAAGACAAAAUUAUGAAAUUAAGACAUGUGUAUAUACAUAUACAUAUACAUAUAUAUGUAUAUGUAUAUGUAUAUGUAUAUGUACAUGUAUAUGUAUAUAAAAGUGUAACACGCUUUCAUUAACCAGAGGAUUAAUUUAGGUAGAAUCACAUAUAGUUUGGGGCAAUACUUGUUUUGCCAGCACACACACUAAAACUGGAAUGAUAACAGUGAACACUACUAGCAUGUCCUCCCUGUCCCCCCUCUCUCCCCCCACCCCCGCGCAAAGCUGGCACGCAAAUUCACGGUCCAUAUUUUUUCAUUUGUACUUUUAAAAUCUGAAAACCUAAAAAAAAAUUGGUUUAGGACAUUUGGAUUAAGUUGAGUUAAAGUACAAAUACUUACAACUUUUCUCUUCAAUGCUUCACCCACACACACAUACACACUUAAGCCAACCAAAACACAACUAUAGAAAGAGAAUGAUUACAUUGUAGAACUUCCACAACUUUAACCAGUUGACUAAUUGAUAUCAUUAAGUCAAGAAGGGGUCCUACGAUACCAUUUCAUGUCUCAUCAUUUUACUUUAUAUUGCUCUGUUUUCUCAAUGAUGUAUUCAUUAAGUAGCAAAUUUUAAAACUCUGUGUUUUGUGUUUCAAGUUGCAUUACUUGCUUCCCAUUUCAAUAAAGUAUUUUAUUCCCUUGG